CAACAAUCAGGCUUUUCAAGAACCCAAAACAUAGUUAAACUGUUUGUAUCAUAAAAAGUGGGCUGCUUUGUGCACAUGCGCAGAUCGGACUGUAUAGCACCUUUAAUUAAUCCAGUAUGCUUGUUUUUACAGAUCUUACUCACAAGCUACUUAUGAACAACACACAAAUAUUGAUCCUCAUAUUUUUGUAAAGAAUGAAUUAAGAGAUAUUAAUAAUUCUAUACUCAAUGUAAGUAUUUACAGUUGAUUUCACGAAACUUUUCCCUAAAUAUUGCGUACUUCUUUCCGAACUUCGUUAUGAAGUUCAAACAUUCAUACUGAAAUUCACAAGCCGGUUUGUAAACAAAGCCUCUGAUUGGUCCCUGAACAGAAGUAAGCCAAUCAAGUGCAUUGUUUACAAACCGACUUGUGAAAUUCAGUAUGAACUUUUGAACUUCACAACGCAGUUCGGAACGCAAUAUUUUAACGUUUACGCAAUAUUUUAAGGAAAAGUUGUGUGAAAUCAACUGUAAGGAGAUAAAACCGUUGGAGAUCAUAAUUUUUGUAUGAAAAAUAUGAAAAAGUAAUACUAUGCAAAAUUAACACCAAAACGUAAGCCUAAAGGCGGAUUUCCAGUCCUCGCACGAAGCUCCUCGCAGCCCGCUGCGAGUGCUUGCAUCUAAUUAAAAUUAACUGUUUUGCAUUGUGAUUGGAUGAAAGUGCUCAUGCAUCACUCGCAGCGAGCUGCGAGUAGCUUCGUGCGAGGACUGGAAAACCGUCUUAAUACAGGGAAAAAUUUAGAUUUCCAUUAAUGGAUUUUUGAAUGUAAAACCAUUAUUGGGUAUUAUAGAUUUCCCAUAUGGACCUAAAUUAGUAAAAACCAUGAUGUUUAAUAUUUACCAGGAGAUAAUAAAUAUCAUAGUUUUUACCAAUUUACCUUAUGAGAAAUCUAUAAUAACCAAUAAUAGUAAGAGUUCAGUUUUUACAUUAUUUGAUAAUACAUUGUAAAUCUCUAAAAACCAUUAAAUGGAAGUUUAAAUUUUUUCCUGUGUAUCCAGAGCCUAAGCUGUAAUUUUGGUAUGAUCUACAAUGUACCUAGCAAAAGAUGUAAUUGUAAUAGAGUGUUCGAGAUCUGCAUCAUGCCUUUGUUAACGUAUACAAAAUUCAACUAGGUAUAAUCUCACCUUGUGCUAGGUGCGAUCUCAGUCAAAUGGGAUAAUAUUUUCCACAUGAAGACUUUAUCCUUCAUCACCCUGACCGGGAUGGAAAUUUUUUAACAAUUUUGACCAUAUCAAAUAAUUGGUGUCAUUCAUACUUAUUUCCAAGCCAAAAUUAACUUGUUUGCCAAUAGCAGCAGUAAGACUUUGACAACUUAAGGCCGUUUUCCAUUUCGCUCGCCACCCCGCGCACGAUUACAUUAAAACAUCAUUUCCGGUUCACUUUUUAUAUAUUACUCUGAUUCUCCAUGAAAAUAAGUUUGCCUCCACCUUCAGACAGUACAGUAUGAGGAUACAAAAACGGAUUUAAUCGUUACACUCGUUGCUUUUUUACAGAAGUAUGUUUAUAUUAAUAAUAGUUUGGCAACAUAUUCGGUAAUCUGGAGAGCAAAGUCUCAUCUAUGUCAACAUUUCUUAUUUUCCAGGAGCUAAAUACACCACUAGAACCACUGAAAACCAUUACGCAAUAUUAUUUUGAUAGCAAAGGGAAACUGUUCAGACCUGCAGUUAUUCUUCUUAUGGCUAAAGUAUGCAACAAACACGUAUAUGAUCACCAGGAAAGGUACUGUGGUGUGUACAUAUACAGUAUAUCAUACAACUGGAGGUUCAUGUUUAUUAGAUAGUCAGGCAUUCAAGUUCGCUAUGACUGCACGCAAGUUUUUGUUAGUAUUAUAGUAAUAAAUAAUUGGCUUCAUGGAUCACAGAAGAAGAACUGAAGAAACUUCAACGUUUCGAUCGGAAGCCUUUCGUCAGGUCCUUAUAAUUACUACUAUGUACUGUAACUUUCAGAAUAUAGGUAGGCGCGUGUAGAGAGCCUGGGAACGAGGUGAAGGAAAUGAAUGAUUUCACGGUUUCGAAUACCUUUGGGACGCUAGGAGUUCGGCUUGACUAAUGCUUUAAACUUCUAAAUUAAUUGUUAACGCUUGUUACAUGCUGUUGCUACUUGGGUAACUCAUAUGCAGUUUUAUUGUCUAGUUCGAUGGUCAUUACAAUUUUCCAUGUAAGAGUUAUAGUUACAAGAUAAUUAGUAACCUUUGUUUUUUUAUGCCAUUGUUAACUGGAACAAUAGUAACAAUGAUGUAGGCAUGAGAGUUACGAAUAUAUAGGCUCUUUGCGUAAAGUGACAAAUAUGUUACGGGCUGACUAGGGGUGCACCGGAAGCAAUAUUUUAAGUUCCGGCCGGAACCGGAUCCGAGUUUUUUUAUUAGUUCCGACCGGAACUCUGAAAAAAACGAGUUCCGGUGCACCCCUAUGGCUGACCCGGUUAACCGCUUUGAUAAACAUCCAAAAUGACAUUUUAAAGUUGAGUUAGCUUAGUUUGAUUCCAGUAACACUGUCAGGUACUCAAUAAAGAAACUUUAAUUUUUCGUUCCUUUGCAGUUUACUAUCAAGUGCUCAAAAGACUAUAGCUGGAGUUGCUGAAAUGAUACAUACUGCUAGUCUUGUUCACGAUGAUAUCAUUGAUUUGGCUGAUUCAAGGAGGGGGAAACCUUCUACACAUCGUAUCUGGGGGGAGAAGGAAGCAGUUUUAGCAGGAAACUAUAUAAUGUCACGAGCAACUAUAGCGUUAGCAAGACUUGAAAAUACUGAAGUUAUUCAACUAUUGGCGACAGUUCUAGAUGACUUAGUAAGAGGUAUUAUGAAAUAGAAAUCUGCGGUACCCAGUUCGCUCACAUAAUAUAUAAUUUAAAUUCUUGGUACUCCCUCCUUGGCCCAGGAGCCUCAUUCUCAUUGAUCGUGAGCGAAUAGCAUUUUGUUGUCUUGAUUCAUGAGAGUGAAGCUCCCAGGCCCAAGUAUUCAUGACGUAAUUAUCGAAAAUGCGAAUGGGUAGCAAUGGUUGUAACGGUCUAGUAAGCCCCGGUCAAACGAGGAUGAGAGUUGAUUAGAGUUGGCAGUCACACCUUGUUACAGGAGACAUUUCAUGCUCUACAUUAACAAAAUAAAGGUGUGACGAGUGUUCCACUAUGUUUUAGCUUUAAGAGAAUACUUGAUAAGAACAGCUAACCAAGGUCGCGUGACUGCCAACUCUCAUCCUAGUUUGAUCCGCGCUUUAUACUGACGUGAGCGCUCUUUUCUCAAAGACUCAACGCUAUUUUGGCAUCAGAAUAUCGUAUGUGUGCAGCAAAGAUUUAAUUCUGAAAUGCAUGUUUAGUAAAGAGAUGAGAAAUUCAUCAAAAUUAGGGUAUCCCUCGAAGAUGACAUCUGGAGUGUGUAGUGUUACAAACUAGUUGAGGGUGCAGAUCUCUCCCUAUCCUUCCCUUAGGUGUUGUGUAAGUAUACGUCAAGUACGGCAGACUGAAUUUCUGAAACCGCCUUUCGUCAUAUAGGAAUCGAUGGUAGAUAGACAAAUUGCACGUACUGCAAAAUAUAUGUUAGGUAACAUUUAGUUUGUUGUGUUUCAGGGGAAUUUAUGCAAAUGGGAUCACGAGAAGAUCCAAAUGAAAGAUUUACACAUUAUUUAGAUAAAACGUUUAAGAAAACUGCAAGUUUAUUGGCAUAUACAUGUAGAUCAGUAAGUUACUGCAUGUAUAUACAGUUUACUAUCUAUAUACUACUGUAAAAUAUAACUUGGCCAAGUAAUUGUUAAGGCCAAGUAAUUGUUGCUGCAUGUAACUUACAACGCAAUUUCUGACAUGGAGCCAUGUUGUCUAAAAAGUAGUCACAGAAAAAUUCUGAGCCCCACAGUUUAUUCUGCCGACCUUUCUCAUCUCUUAAGAGUGAAAGUGUCGGCAUAAUAUAAUGUGGGCCACUGGGCCAUGCUCAUAUUUUUCUGUGACUGACUACUUUCAGAUAACAUGGCUCUGUGUCGAAAAUUGCAUUGUAAAUUGCAAAAAUUACCUGGUGUAACAUGGCUUUCACUGCUGAAUUAAUAAAGAUAAACGUUUACAAUUCCUUUGCGAGCCAUGAAGCACAUGCCUUCUUCAUGGUGAUCAUUCUAGUCCUCGACAGGACACGUUAUAUCGUAGGUUACCCCAAGCAGUAGAUGUAGUACACUUGUCAGCAAAAGUCAACUGCUUGAGACUACAGGCAGAAUGAACUGUACUCACUAAAUUUAGCUCGGUUAUGAAACUAUGUGAUAUGAAUUAUCCAGGUUGCUCUACUGGCAAAUGGUUCAAAACAAUUACAAGAUCUCACAUUCCAGUAUGGAAAAAACCUUGGCAUGGCAUUUCAGGUGAAUAGCUUGGAAAUUUUGGUGGUCAUAAGAUACCAGCAGGCUGCAGAAUAUAAGCAGGCAGUGAGAGUCCCGCGUACAUAGCUGAAAACAAAGAAAUACCUGACCAGAGGUUCAACUUCCAACCACUACCUUUCACUGGUUUUAGUGCGCAUCUAAUUGGUAAAUCGGAUAGUUCAAAUUCAUCUGAUUGGUUAAUCGGUCCCCAUAAUGGUAGCGGUAUGGGAAGUCAAAUCUGAACCUCGCUAUUGGCGUACCUCCGGGACGUACAAGUAUAACGCGAAUUAUUAUACCCUGUAAUGUUAAUCUUGGUUACUACAAUAUUAACUUUUCUAAUAUAUUGACAUUUUUUUCCAUUUCAAGUUGGUAGACGACGUCUUAGAUUUUAAUUCUAGUCAGGAGGUUCUGGGCAAGCCAGCAGCUGCUGAUCUACGUUUAGGUCUUGCAACUGGACCAGUAUUAUUCGCUAGCGAAGAGGUACAUUGGCCUGAGAUUUCUUUCUGUAACGUGUAAUUGUGCAUGAUUAUUACGUAUAUAACAUAAUUAACAUUUUAAUUGUCGUAACCGUCUAGUUUUAGUGAAGCAUAGCCUUUCCUUUGGUCAAAUCCAAAGCCCCACUCCCCCAGAAGAACUUCAUAACCGAUGCUAAGCGUUUUCUCGGUCGCUAACCAAUCACAUUGCAAACGUUAUUUUUCGGUUCGCAUCGCCGGUGCGGAAAACGUAGUGGUGAAGGUGUAUGGGUAAAUAUUGUACUGGGAUUGCCAGUAAAUAUAGCCAAAAAACAGGUUUCAACUCAUUUUAAUAAAAAAUACGGAAAAUUACAAGUGGUAAAACACUGUUUUCCUUCGCACGCCAUAUAUGCUCUCAUGCGCAUGUUCUAACACUUCGUGACUUUGCCGCUGAAAAACACGGGCUCUAACUAAACGUAAAUAAAACAUCGUCUAAAAGGCGAUCGCAGAGAGAUUAUUGCUACAACCCAAUACAAAUAUCACUAGGAUUUUGCGCAUCUACACUCGAUAAAAUUAAUUAUUGAAGAAGGGUUUUGUAGGUGGAAACUUUCGAGUGUCAAUUAUUUAUAGACCCAUUGCACUGACGUCACAAAUCCUUAGAGUGUCCUCCAGAUGCUCUCUAACAAUAUCUGUUUGGGCACAACAACCACAUACAGCGCAAAAAUUAACCAUUUUAAUACAAAAUUAUUAUAAAGUUUUACAAAAUUUGCUUUGUUUACAACAGUUAUAUUAUGCAUACAUUGCUAAUUUGUCCUCCAGAUGCAUCGUCACCGGCGCUGUGACGUCAUGUGCAAUGGGUCUAUUAGCCUAACCACGAGCAGUUGCGCAACUGGUUAGGUCUAAUAUUAAACUGUAAAAACUGACACUCAAAAAUUUCCAUAUAUAGUGGUAAAGGGGCUUUAAUAAAUAUUUCCCCGACACCAACUCGUGAAAACUCACAAUUCAAUCGACCUUUUUCUAAAAUGAAAAAGGGCUUGUAUAAAUAAUUUCUAAAGGAUUUCCGUGGCUGCAACAAUUGCUACAAGCUACAGCGGCAAGUAAAUAUUAAAUGAUUAUUAUAUAUGCUGUUUUGAUAUACAGUUCCCAGAGAUAACUGCGUUCAUAAUGCGAAGAUUUAAAGGGGAGAAUGAUGUCGAAGAAACAUACGACUUAGUGAAAAAGGUACUGUUUGAUAUGGCAGUUAGGGCGUUAAUUUCUCACGGCUUGAUCACACAGUGGAUAAUGCACGCGGUAAAACGCACAAAUGUUAAAAGGUCUGCAACAGACUUGGGGUAAAGCUGUUCCAAUAAGCCGAUAUCAGGUAGUCUCCUAGGUAGCCUGCUCGCAGCCUGAAAUUUCGUUCAAAGGAAAACCGGAAUUCAAAUUUUCGGGUGGGGGGCUGCGAGCUGGCUAUCUCCCAGUCUCCUGCGCAUUAACCGCUAAGUAGGCAUGCACAGGAGAAUUGUUGUCUCCACGAUGAAAUGCGCCAUUGUUGAGCUAUCGAGUCAAAUGGGGAGAGCAAAAAUUCAAAUCCAUAUUUAUGUGCACAAGCCAUAUUUAUGCGCGCAACAGUGUUUUGAACCUGCGUAUUCUGCGAACCGCGCUGACGCUCUACCGAUUAAUAGAGCUAUCGACUUAACCCGAACGGUCGGUGUCAGUGUUGCUAGUGAUGAGUACAAACAGCAGUUGUUUGUAGGAAAUACAACUACUCGAAAAAUACAAAAAACCGUCGAUGUUUCGAGCGAAGGCUUAUGAUCUGGAAGUUAGUAGCGAGUGCUAAUUUCCAGACGAAGGAACUCGAAAUGUCUAAGUUCUUUUUGUAUUUUCAGAUAAUUGUACAGUAUCUCCCAGCCUGUAGACCCUUCUAUUUACAUUUCAUCGCUUCUUCACGCGAAAAAGACUGGAACCUUUGGGGCCCGCCUAGUGACGUCAUUGAAGUCGAUUAACCUGCAAAUAGAAUGCCGCCUGCCGAGUAAAGGCUCUAGGUCUAGGCUGCAGUAUCUCCUACAAAAGACUGUUGUUUAUCGAGUUAACAAUCUUCAGUUACUCAAACAUUUUCAUUCAAAUAUUUUCAGAGUACUGGCAUAGAGAGAACAAUGAGUUUAGCAAGACAACACAGUCGUGAAGCAACAAGACAACUUAUGAAACUUCGACAUUCUCCAGAAAGAGAUGCUUUAGUUGAACUUACAGAAAACCUUUUGAAACGUGAACGUUGAUAGGAAUUGUGUAAAUAUUAAUAUCAUAUAUGUAUAUGAUGUUUUAUUUUAUUUAGAUGAAAUUAUUUUAAUAUUCUCUGUGUUCCACAAUUAGAAUUUUUUCAAAUAAAAUUGGUUUAACACGAGCCUGGGAAUGAUCUCAAUUGGCCUCAAUGGUCUUUGGACUUCUGAAAAAACCCGCAGUUAAUAUAGGAAAGAUGGAGGGAGGUGCAGGAUUGCCCCAGGCCAUACCUAACCUGUACAUGUGGGAGUAACUUUUACGAAUACAGUCAAUCGACUAAAUUAUUCGUCGACCGAAGCCUGAACGGUACUUCUUUGCAUUUCCUCUAUCACGGACAUAUGAUUAAAUUGAUCAGGAUUUAAAUUAAAUGUCUUCAAUAAGGAGAGUUUGUUUUCGUCAUCUGUGCCAUAGUAAAGUUGGAUUAGAUUUGCAAUAAACAUUGCUUCAUGAGUCGCCUGGAAAAUAGAACACUUUUGUUACAUGUUGGUAAUUACUGGUAAUUCAGGAUAAUAUUGAUUUGGAGUUUUUACUAGCUCUUAGGAUAGAAAUUUCAAUAACAGCACGAGUUAACUCUGACCGCGAGCACACAGGAGACUGGGGCGACUUAUAACAAGGCUUUGAUCGUUUUCCCACAGUGCACUGGUGAUGGUCC